CACCACCCCACGAGGCACGCACUCUUACAAUCACCAACCGGUCACACGCUUGGAUUGACCUGUGGAUUUUCACCGGACAUCCCACGAUUCGUUUCUUCCCCCAAAAACUCGAAAACCUUCAUCACUUUCAUCGCCCUACACAAAAAUACUUCCUUUGAAACCCAGAUCAAUAUUCAAUAAUUAGAUACUGUUCGCCAAUCACUCAAUCUCUCCCCCAUUUUAAAGUUUCAAUUCUGAUUCAGUUCAUUUUUGGCUUGGGGCCAUAGGUGGCGGUUUCUCUCUCCUAUGGCCUCCGAUUCCACUUCUUCAUCAUCGGACUCCGCCUACGACUCCGCCGCUGAUCACAACCCUAACUCCGAUACUCCAAUCAAUAACCAUGAUUCUGCCAUUGAUGAUCACCUCACUUCACUCACAUUAACCCCCCUUGAUGAAGACCUCGCACCGGAGAAAGAGAGAGAAAUUGAAGAGACUGACCAAACUCCAAUGCCGGAAAUUGGUGUUACAGAGGUAGAGGAGGAGGCAGCGGAUGUUCUCGCCAGUGAAGUGGUGGUGGAGGAGGAGAGAGAAAGUAAUUCGGUGAGUGCAACUGGCGAUGUCGGCUUGGCGUGGAGAGAGGAGGAAGUGGAAGCUCCUGCAAGUCCUGGCAGCAGUGGGUAUGCUGGGGAGAGAGGUAGCAGUAAUGCUAGCAGUGCAUCUGGGAUUGAGGAGAUUGGUGAAGAUCAAGUGGCAGAGAGAGAUGGAGGUUUGGUCAAUGGCGUAGCUGAUUCGCAACCAGCUUGGAUUCCAGGCAAGCGACAUGUCAAUGAGGAUGACACCUCUAUUUUAUGGAGGAGAAGGAAAAAACACUUUUUCAUUCUUAGUCACUCUGGGAAACCUAUAUAUUCCAGGUAUGGUGAUGAACAUAAGCUUGCUGGGUUUUCAGCGACAUUGCAAGCUAUAAUUUCUUUUGUUGAGAAUGGAGGUGAUCGUGUCAAGUUGGUACGGGCAGGAAAGCAUCAGGUGGUUUUUCUUGUGAAGGGGCCUAUUUAUUUGGUCUGUAUAAGCUGUACAGAGGAACCUUAUGAGUCAUUAAGGGGACAGUUAGAGCUGCUUUAUGGUCAGAUGAUCCUUAUUUUGACAAAGUCUGUGAACAGAUGCUUUGAAAAGAAUGCAAAGUUUGAUAUGACACCUUUGCUUGGUGGAACAGAUGCUGUUUUUUCAUCUCUCAUCCAUUCCUUCAGUUGGAACCCAGCUACUUUUCUGCAUGCGUAUACAUGCCUGCCUCUUGCUUAUCCAACAAGGCAAGCUGCAGGUGCCAUAUUGCAAGAUGUUGCAGAUUCAGGGGUCUUAUUUGCGAUAUUGAUGUGUAAACACAAGGUUGUUAGUCUUGUUGGGGCAGAAAAGGCUUCUCUUCAUCCAGAUGAUAUGCUGCUGUUGUCAAAUUUUGUCAUGUCAUCGGAGUCAUUCAGGACAUCUGAGUCUUUCUCCCCAAUUUGCUUGCCAAAAUAUAACUCCAUGGCCUUUCUAUAUGCAUAUGUACAAUAUUUGGAUGUAAAUACAUACUUGAUGUUGCUCACCACUCGCUCAGAUGCUUUUUACCAUCUCAAAGAGUGCAGGGCAAGUAUCGAGGCUGUUUUUCUUAAAUCAAAUGUGCUUAGUGAGGUCCAAAGAUCUAUGCUAGAUGGCGGGAUGCAUAUUGAGGAUUUACCUGUGGAUCCAUCUUCUCGAUCUGGUUCUGCAUCUUCCCAUUUAGGCCAACAUUCUCCAGAGAGAUUCAGGGAUACAUACACUAGUCUUGGUGGUCCUUGUGGACUAUGGCAUUUUAUAUAUCGCAGUAUUUACUUAGAUCAGUAUGUAUCUUCAGAGUUCUCAGCCCCUAUCAACACUCCACAGCAACAGAAAAGAUUAUAUAGAGCAUACCAGAAGAUAUACGCCUCCAUGCAUGAUAAAGGAUUUGGUCCCAACAAGACCCAGUUUCGGCGAGAUGACAAUUAUGUCCUACUUUGCUGGGUGACACAAGAUUUUGAGCUUUAUGCCGCAUUUGAUCCCCUUGCUGACAAGGCUAUGGCAAUCAAGACCUGCAAUCGUGUUUGUCAGUGGGUAAAAGACGUAGAAAAUGAGAUCUUCUUGCUAGGAGCAAGCCCUUUCUCGUGGUGAAUUUUUUCUCUCGCAAAGGUUACUCAUCGUAAAUGAUUUUCACUCCGCCAUUGUUGAUUUCCACACUUGGCUUUGAGAGGAGUAUUUUUGGAAGUGUGAUAUUCCGUCCUCUUUGGAUAACAUAUACCCCCCUUCUUCCCCUUUUCUUUUGUCACCUUCUCUUCAUCUUGUGGUUGAUUUCUUAAUAAAUCCCAUAGGUAUUUGUUUCUUUGCUUCUCUCUUUUUGUCUCGGCUGUUGUAUCUAUUGGAUGUAUUAUUCCUUUAUUUUGAGUUUAUAGUGGGAAGCCAGCGCAGUUCAUUAGCUAGCAAAUGAUGUAUACUUGUAAUUUGAUUUGUAGCUCUCUGGAUAUGAGAUCAAUAAUGUUAUGAAGUAGCUCUUUUUAUGUGUUGGCAUGUUGCAUGCUUAUUUUCUCUGCA